CCGACGACCACGGCGCCCAUCCCAAUUGAAUCCCAACAACCGCCACCUCUACGCCAGUCUCUGCAGAUGCCACGGUGAUGCAGUCUCUGUGGUCGAGGGCCGCAGCCCAGGCUCACCGCUGCGGAUGCCGGACCUGCAGCACCGCUGUCGGCGCCGCCGGGAGACGAACCGCGGCUGCUGCCCGUCGUCGCAAGCCGACCUUUGCCGAAAUCUUUACCGCGUGCUACAGCUCCAUGUUUGCAACCGCCGCUAUUGUCGAUGCAGUGAGGAAGGAAGAUCGCAGAAGGGAGCUGGAUCGGCAAUUGGAAGAGGCACGCCAGGAGCUGUCGGAUCUUCGAGACCGAGGAGCUCCCGAAACCCCCAAGCGCCAGUUCCGCCCAACCGACCUCACCAUCGAGCAGAUGGACGCGCUAUGGCGCAGUAUCAAGGACAUCUACAGCAACCGGCCGUAUAUGAAGGAGAUUGACAAGCCGGCCACGAUCAGCGCGUCGGAAUUGGUGUCGAGCCUGCAGAGCGAGUACUACGGCUGUCCGACGGACGCUUCUAUGCGAGCAUCCCGACGAACAGACUACGAGCGCCUGGAGCAAGCAAUCAUGGCUGAAGAAUCCGACAACGCCAUUCUGUCGCGCGAAUCGCGGAACAAGCUGCAUUUGUUUCACGAGUCAUCGAGCAUCGAGCAUCUUGUCCAGCAGCUCCUUCGCCGAGCAGAAAUCAUCGACAAGGGAACGUCGCCGAGUCCGUCGUUUGACGAAGCGCGAGAACUGGCGGAAAAGGGAUGCCCCAACUUUACUUUCAGAUCAAUCGACCCAGGGCGAGCAAAGAAGAACACCGCACUGCUCAAUCGACGCCUAAGGUCCUUGAUGGACGCUCCGCAGCUUGGGGUGAAGGAGAGGAUCGGCCGGGUCUGCUAUAACCUCCUAGUCUCAGCGCAUCCGCCGGACAUGCAUACAUACAACACCCUCAUUGUCGCGUUUGACAAGGCCGGAUACCAUGCUUUUGCCGACGCACUGGUCAACUCCUUCUUCCAUGAGCGGCUCCUACGACCAACGCCAUCUACCUUUGUCGCCAUCCUAAAUCACUACAAAGCCACGAACAACCACGGCAAAUUCUUGCGCGCACUCGCGUGCCUCACAGGUGCAGACUCCAAGACCGGUGCCAAGAUCGGCAGACGGCACGUCGAGGACAUCGAGAACAGCCCUAUAUUGCAAAAGUGGGCAGCCGACACGAGACGUCGAACUCGCACCGGAGAUUGGGUUUGGGAACACGUUCCCUUGAGCAGCCCACUUGUGGAAGAGGUCAUCACCGGUCUGCUGCAGUUCAGGCUUUUUGAUCAGGCGGCCACCUUCUUCGUUACCUGCAUGAGGUUCGGUGUCGUUGUGAGCACGUCCAUAGUCAAACAGAUACUGGACGAGUUCAUUGUUGCCUUGGACUGGAGAGCGGCGGUCCAGCUCAUACGCGGCUUUUCGAAUGCGAGCCAACUGUGGAAGUCACUUCUGCUAACCGGCAACGAGACUACAGAUUCGUACCUGGUCGCGAGGAUCUACACCCUGUUGGAUCUGUGCGGCCUGCAGGGCGCGGGUUCGCCCUGGUCAAAGGAUCUCCUCGCCAACCUGAAUCUCUCAGAAUCCAAGCUUAGCCGGUUCCUUGAGACUUUGGAAGAGUCGCGACGGGAGUUGCAAAGGCAACCUGAGGGCGCGACGGCCGACCAGUCCGUACAGGAUAAUACGCUCAUUGGCCGGUCGGCGAGGCGGCUGCUCCAGUUCGAAAGUCUAUGGAAGGAGUACGUCUUUGUGAGGAAGACAACGGCGUCCAUCGAGAGCAAGCUCCUCUACCCAGAGCUAGGCCCCGAGCUCCGCGCCGCCAUGGCAUCGCACAUUGGGUCUGCGGCUGUUCGGCGGUCAGAACUACUGGCCCAGGAUCUGGCGGCGGCGCUGGCCAGCGGGAGCCUGUUGGGCCGCCAAAGGAUUGGCGCUAUUGAAGAGUGUCGGAGUUUUGAACAACCCAGAUUUGAGGACCGAGAAGCCCGAGACGAUAUCAUCACUGGCACUGCAGCGACUGCCACGCGCCGUGCGCGCGCCGGAGGCAAUGCGUCAAAGAGGAAGAUGGAAGUUGCCGCUUAUAGGGGGCGACAGGGUACAGAUGGGCUUGCAGUGACGCCCAGACCCAAAAAUCUGCUGGCGUGGCCAGCGGUGAGCCGACGCGAGGUGUAUUACUCGGACGGGCGCCAGUGGGCGGUUGGGGCCUAGGUUCUCCGAUUGUUGAUCACGUCAUGUAUCGUACUGUACAGCACAGCAUCUCUGUACAUGAUGCCUGUAGAGGGAGACUAUAGUGAAUGACGAGCGAUUUCUUUGUCCGUUA